AACAAAAUGUUAUUAUGUGCAACAGAGAUGCUGAUCUCCAAAGCAAAUUUAAUAAAUAUAUCUUUACACAAGCGCUAUAGCAGCAAGGAUUGUCAGAUAUCGGCCUUUGCUAAUGCUAAGGUUGUUAUACCCGCCGAGGUCUUUCAUUUAACAAAAUUGUAUCUCGAAGAUAAGAAUGAGAAGAAAGUAAAUCUAGGUGUUGGUGCCUAUCGCACUGAUGACAACAAACCAUACGUACUACCAAUAGUGAAGAAAUGUGAAUUGGAAAUUGUUAAUGAUCUGAAUUUGAACCACGAGUACUUGCCUAUGUCUGGUAAUCCGGAUUUUGUUAAAGCUGCCACAGAAUUUCUUUUAGGUUCAGAGUGCAAGGCUGUGGCAGAGAAUCGCGUAUCGGCAGUACAAACGGUAUCAGGAACUGGUGCAUGUCGAUUGGCUGCGGAAUUUUUAGCUCAGCGCUUGAAACGGCGUACUCUAUAUUUGCCAAAUCCGACUUGGGAAAAUCAUGUUAAGAUCUUCAAGCAGGCUGGCUUUAAGCAAAUCAAGGAAUAUCCUUAUUGGAACUCUAAAAGACGUAAACUUGAUAUGUCCAGACUUUUGGCCGCACUAACCUCGGCGACAGAGGGCGCUGUUGUGCUACUUCAUGGUGCGGCCCACAAUCCGACCGGUUUGGAUCCUACAAAGAAAGAAUGGAAGCAAAUUGCAGCAGCUAUUAAACUUAAAAAACUGUUCCCGUUUAUUGAUACGGCUUAUCAGGGAUUUGCGACCGGUGAUCCGGAGCGAGAUGCUUGGCCCAUCAGAUAUUUUUGUAAUGAGGGCUUCGAAUUAAUGGCAGCUCAAUCUUUUUCUAAAAAUAUGGGGCUAUAUAACGAACGUGUUGGUAAUCUGGUAACUGUUUUGAGUGAUAAGGAAUUGGUUCCUGCAGUUACUUCGCAACUCACGCUUUUUAUUCGCACAAAUUAUUCAAAUCCCCCCGCAUUUGGAAGCCGAGUUGUUGUUAGGGUUCUUAGCGAUGAUAAAAAUAAAGAGGAAUGGUUGAAAACUAUACGCGAAAUGACAGAUCGUGUGAAAAAAAUGCGUAAAGAAUUAUUACAAAAACUUGAAAAGCUAGAAACUCCUGGCAGAUGGGAUCACAUAGUCAAACAGUGCGGAAUGUUCUCCUACUCAGGUCUUAGUGAACAACAAGUCGAAAAAUUAAGAAAAGAAUAUCAUAUUUAUAUGCUUAAAUCUGGUCGCAUUAAUAUCUGUGGAUUAAAUACAAAGAAUAUUGAUUACGUCGCCGAAGCAAUUAGCAAAGUAGUGAAAGAUGCAUCUGACAAAAAUGACGAGUGCGAGAGUGAUGAAAAAGACAAUUAAAAAAGGAUUAAAACAUAGCUUAAAAUCAAUGAAUUUAUAAUUUUAAAAUAGAACAAAUGCAAAUAUCAA